GGUGGAGAUCAAACCACAAACUACUUUCACUGCUCUAGGAGUGGAGCUGACAGGGCAGAGUCUGGACGUCUUCUGAGGAUUUCUACUGAUAUCUCCCAGCUGAGGAUCACUGACGUCUCAGGAAACCAGAGGAGGGUCCAGCUUCAAACCUGCUGAGCAGGAAGAGAAACUCUUCAAACUCUGGCUGCCAUUGAGAGGAGAAAAUGGCUCAGAGAGGAUCUCAGCUGGAUCCACUAAAGUUCUCUUGCUCCAUCUGUCUGGAUCUCCUGAAGGAUCCGCUGACGGUUCCCUGUGGACACAGCUACUGCAGCAGCUGUAUUCAAAGCCACUGGGAUGAAGAGAAGAAGAAGGGAAUCUACAGCUGUCCUCAGUGCAGGAAGUUCAGACAGAGACCUGACCUGGAGAAGAACCUCCUGUUAGCAGAGUUAGUGGAGGAUCUGAAGAAGACUGGACUCCAAGCUGCUGCAGCUGAUCUCUGCUCUGCUGGACCUGAAGAUGUGUCCUGUGAUGUUUGCUCUGGGAGGAAGCUGAAAGCUGUGAAGUCCUGUUUGGACUGUGUGGUCUCUUACUGUGAGGAACACCUCCAACCUCACUACAAAGCAGCUCCACUGAAGAAGCACCAGCUGGUGGAGCCCUCCAAGAAGCUCCAGGAGAAGAUCUGCUCUCUUCACGAUGAGGUGAUGAAGAUUUUCUGUCGCACUGAUCAGCAGAGUAUCUGUUACCUCUGCACCAUGGACCAACACAGAGGCCAUGAAACAGUCCCAGCUGCAGCAGAGAGGAGGCAGAAGCAGAAGGAGCUGGAGGAGAGUCGACUAAACAUCCAGCAGAGAAUCCAGGAGCGAGAGAAAGAGGUGAAGCUGCUUCAGCAGCAGGUGGAGGCCAUCAAUGUCUCUGCUGAUGAAGCAGUGGAGAACAGCGAGGAGAGCUUCACCCAGAUGAUCCGUCUCAUCCAGAAAAGAAGCCUGGAGGUGAAACAGGAGCUGAGAUCCCAGCAGCAAACUGCAGUGAGUGAACUCAAAGAGCUUGAGGAGAAGCUGGAGCAGGAGAUCAGUGAGCUGAAGAGGAAAGACGUCCAGCUGGAGCAGCUGGCUCACACAGAGGACCACACCCAGUUUCUGCUCAGCUACCCCUCAGUGUCAGCACUCAGUGAGCCCACACACUCCUCCAGCAUCCAGACUGCUCCUCUCAGAUACUUUGAGGAUGUGGCAGCAGCUGUGUCAGAGAGCAGAGACAAACUCCAGGACAUCCUGAGAGACACAGGGACAAACAUCUCACUGAGAGACGCUGACGAGGAGCUGCUGCUGCUACAACCACCAAAACCACCAAAACCACAGCCAGAGAGCAGAGCAGACUUCUUACAGUAUUCCCAGCAGAUCACACUGGAUCCAAACUCUGCUCACAGAAGAGUGUUUUUAUCUGAUGGGAACAGAAAAGUAACUCGAACAUGGAAACAGAGUUAUCCUGAUCAUCCAGAGAGGUUCAUUGGAUAUCCUCAGGUUGUGAGCAGAGAGGGUCUGACUGGACGGUGUUACUGGGAGGUGGAGUGGAGAGGAAUAGAAGUUUAUGUAGCAGUGACUUACAAGAGCAUCAGCAGAGCAGGGAGUGAAUGUAUAUUUGGAUUAAAUGACAAAUCUUGGGCUUUAUAUUGUCACGCUACUCAUUUUAUAUUCUUGCACAACGACACAGAAACUCCCGUCUCAGAUCGCCAGACAUCCAGAGUGGGAGUGUACCUGGAUCACACAGCAGGGAUUCUGUCUUUCUACAGCGUCUCUGAAACCAUGACUCUCCUCCACAGAGUCCAGACCACCUUCACUCAGCCGCUGCACGCUGGAAUUAGAUUUUGUGGUUACAUAGGAGACUCGGCAGAGUUCUUGAAACCUCAGUAGAGGACUUCCUUCAGAUCUCCUUGUGUCAUUUCCUAAAGGAGCCUCCACACUUUCUGAGCUGAGACGAUGAGAUUUCUGGCAAGAAGAAGAUUUGAAACCUACAGUUGGUCGGCCGUCUUCUCAGAGACUUUCUACGUGGACAAAAGGAUGUGAGAUAAGUGUGGAGAGACAGAAACAAACUGAGUUAGUGGAGAAAAACAUGGAGCUGCAGCCAUCAGUCUCCUUGCCGAUUCCUCAGCUGAUCAUUUUCUAAUAGUUGGACUCAUUUCAAAGCUGCCUCCACCUUCUCAAACUGAAGUUUCUUCUUCAUGGACCACGUGAAGCUGCAGCUUGUCACACUUUUCUACAUUGUGUUCACUGAGCUAACUGGUAGCAUUAGCACUGGAUGACUUACUACCUGAAAAUCUAGUAAUGUUUGUAAUCUCAGGGAUGUUCAUAUUUACUCACUUCUGUUCUCGCUUCUUCCAUCAGUGGAUCACCUGCUCAUUUUAUAAACUUUAAAGAAAAUUUAAUCCACAUAUUCCUUGAAUUCUUGAACUUGGUGUUUUUUUUGGACUGACCACCAGGUGGCAGCAAACACAAGAAAAUCCAGCUGCAUGAGGACAGGAGACCAACAAAAAGUGUCUUCAAUUCAAACAACUUUGUUGUGUAUCUAAACAUCCACAAAAAUUAGUUAAAAAAAAAAAAAUCAAUGUCCAUGCAUCACACAAGUCAUCUCAUCAUUUGACAAUGGAGAGCCACAAACUCAAAUCUGUAUAUCUGUACUCUCCAUAUGGGAAUUUGUCAAGUCGGCGGAAGUUGAUGCUGGUGUCAGUCCAAUACCUGAUACUGGUAUCAGCGCAUCUUUGACCACCAUCGAUGCAUGAGACGCAUAUUGAUAAAGCAUGAUCAUUAGUUGUGUUCAACAUCAUGACUUCUAUGUAAUAAAUUCCACUCAGUGGAUCAUUUCAGGAGUUGCUCUGUCAUGUUCUCUUUUGGAGAAUGAUCACCAGCUGCUGCUCUGCUAAAUGUGUCAUUUCCACAAAAGAGAGAGUGGAUAAUCUGCAGUGUUUUCAGAGUGAUCGACACUCCUCACGGGUCUUGAACGCCCCCUGGAGGCAUUC